AUGCCUCCAACACAAAUCCAAUCUAAUUCAGUAAUAAAUUCACACAAUAUUAAUAACAAUCAUCAAGUUGACUUUCCUGUUGACUCCAUUAUAAGCGAACCUAAACUCUAUGUAAGUGACUUACAAUUUAGUAUCACUGAAAAUGAACUUCGUGACUUAUUUGAGGACAUUCAACCCACAAGUAAAUUGGACGCAUAUAAUACUUAUUUAAGCCUACAUAUUAAUGACCCAACCUCUGGAAUUUAUGACCUACAAACACAAACAAAUGCCCUUAUUUUACAUGUCAGACAAUUAAGUACAACCAACACGAAUAUUAGCUUGUUCAAUAUAUUUAGACCUUAUGGGCCUUUGUUUUCCGUUAGGAUGCAAGUCCAAGAUAACAAAUUUAAAGGUUCUGCUUUCGUACAAUAUUUUAGAAAAGAAGAUGCCGAUAAAGCUGUUGCUAAUCUGAAUUCUAAGGAUAAUAAAGCAAUGAUUGUUCAAUAUCAUCGUCAUAAUAACAAUAAAGCUCCAAAUCGUCCUAUCGUAGAUCCAUGUAAUUUAUUCAUUAAAAACCUCGACUCGAAUAUUUCCAGUAGUGAUCUUUUUAGCCAAUUUCGUAGAUUUGGUAAAAUUAUUAGUGCUCGUGUAAUGCGAGACCAAGAAACCGGCAAUUCUAAAGGAUUUGGUUUUGUUAGUUAUUCCAGUUCUGAAGAAGCUGACAAAGCUAAACAAUCUAUGCACGGUAAAACUCUUGGUGCUAAACCAAUUGUUGUAAGACUUCACGAACCUAAAAAAUUACGUGAGGCUAAAUUGGCAAAUCAAUUCAGCCCUAACACCGGUGGUAGUGAUCUCGAAGAAAAAGAGGUUUUAGAACCUAAUCUGGCUCUCAGGUUACAAUCCAAACUCAUUAAACGCAUAGCGGAAUUUUUAGAUUCACGAGAUCGAUACAAUUUAUGUUUGGUUAAUAAGACAUGGUCUCCAACUGCUAUGAAUGUAUUAUGGUCAGAGCCAAUUUUCAAAACGCCAGAUUCUCUUGACUCCUUUCUCCGUGCGGUCAAACAAUCAAAACAACGUGCUUUAAGAGUACGCGUUCUCAACCUAUGUGCUCCAGAUGAAAGCGUCACAAAUUCUUUUGCGCCAGUUUUGAGCUCUGAACAUCCUGUACACAAAACAAUGUCAAGAUAUGUUUUAUCAAAACCAACCUUUAUAACAAGUCUCGUUGAACUAUGUGAAAAAUUACAUAGGAUCAAAGUGUAUGGAUGGAAUCUAACAGAUCAUCACGUACAAUCUUUAUCACAAUAUUGCCCGGAACUUAAAGAAAUCCUAGUUGUUGGCAAUAGUCAAUUGACUUAUAAAGCAUUCAAUUCACUAAUGAGUUGUAUACCUAAUCUUCUUGUAUUGGAUUUGGAUGGCGAUUUUAAUCUUUCUGAUAAUUUUGCAGAAGCAUUAGCAAUCAAAUGCCCAUCGCUAGUCUCUCUUAAACUUUCAACAAAGGCAAUAUCUGAAAAAGGGUUUGAUAUAUUAGCAACAAAAUUAACAAAACUCAAUAAUUUAGUAUUACAAAAUUGUUCCAACCUUACUGAUAAAAAUAUAGAACAUUUUGCAGAAAAAAAUCCUAAACUGCAAAAUCUUCAAUUAUUGGGUGAAACACUCACAAUAAAAUCAUUUAAAGUUGUAAUGUAUCUGAAAGAAUUAAUAAAUUUUGAUCUCAGGUGCUUACAAGAAGUUGAUAAUCUGUCAAAUGAAAUAGAAUGGUUAAGACCAGUUUGUCACAACCUGCGUAUUAUCACGCUUGAAAACUUACCAAUUAAUGAUGACGCAAUUUCAGCAAUCACUGUGCACUGUAAACAUUUGGAGAAAAUUGGACUUUCAAAAUGUCCACAUAUUACAAAUAACUCGAUCAACAGUAUUGCAAAAAAUGAAAAUAAUCUUUAUGUAUUAGACCUAAUUGAAUGCAAAAACGUCACAGAUAUGUCUCUUAAAUAUCUUGGUCGUAAAACCAAUUCUUCACUUACCCACAUUAUUAUAGACUCAUGUGGUCAAUUUAUUCCAGAAACUGUGCACUGGUUUGUCAAAUCUUCACCAAAACUUGAGAAAAUAGUUUUCAAUGGAACACCUUCUAUUACCAAUUCUUUUGUUUAUCAAUUUGCCACAGAACAACAAAAUGCAAGCUAUGACUCAGACUCAGUUGGUGAUGCUCAUCAAAAAUGCACCAUUGAAAAAGAAAAUAUCAAAAAAUUAGCUCAAUUCCAACAGAAAAUGCCUCUCUCAUUCCCAAAUAAAGAUAAACUUGAUGCAUUAUCUUCAGAAUUAGUUACUCCAAAUAGCAACAUUAAUUUUUAUCAUUGUAUGUCACCACCACAAUCUAUGACUGCUAAUGAAUUUCAAAGUGAAUAUUUUCAGAAUAUACCAGAUACAAAAAGUUCCUUCAGCACCACUUCAGUUUCAUCCUCAUCCAAUCAUUCACAAUUACAAGAUAAUCAUUUUUCAGAAAAAACUCCUAUAAAUGGUCGUAAAGAUUUUAAUUCAAUGGAACAUCAACAAGAAAAAGGAAGAAAUGGUUCUUCAGCGGUUCAGUAUUCAACUUCGACUAUUGAAAUAGAUAUUGAUAAUAAUAUUGAGAAAAUGCCACCUAUAAAACUUCCUCAAAUUAAACCAUUGAUAGUCACAUUGUGA